GUGGAGUGCGAGGUGGAUAUAGACGAGCGUCGAUUGUUGGCGUCGAACCACACGAGUACGCACAUGGUCAAUUUGGCGCUUCGCCAGGUGUUGGGCGCCACGGUUGAGCAGUGCGGGAGCGUGGUGAGUGGGGGGAAGUUGAGGUUCGACUUUACGUACGGGAGGCCGUUGAGGACGGAGCAGGUUCGCGAGUUGGACAGGAGAGUGAACGAGAUGAUCGACAGGGAGUUGUCCGUGCACACGGGCGUUUUGGAGUUGAAGAGGGCGAAGCAGAUUCACGGGAUUCGCGCCGUGUUUGGAGAGAAGUAUCCGGACCCCGUGCGCGUGGUGUCGAUUGGCGUGUCGGUGGAUGAGAUCAUGUUGGAUCCCGGUUCGACUCGGUGGUGGGACUAUUCGGUUGAGUUGUGUGGUGGGACGCAUUUGAGCAAUACCCGACAGGCGGAGAGGUUCGUGAUAGUCGAGGAGGGUUCUCGGGGAGCCGGCGUUCACCGGCUGGUGGCGGUUACGGGCGAGGAGUGUCGCUUGGCGCAGGAGCGUGCGAGGGAUUUGGAGGCGAGGUUGGAAGAGAUUAAGAGAGUUUCGGACCAAGCCGAGUUUAAUGUGCGAGUGAACCAGUUCAUCUAUGACCUGGAGAAUAGUUUUAUUUCUGUUUGUCAACACGUCGUUCUUCGUCAGAGAAUCGAGGAGCUCAAGUCUCAGUCUCGACGCGCGAUCGUCCAACUGAACAAGGCAGCUCAGAUGAAGGGAAACACGUACGUUUCGGACGUUUUGGACUCGCUGGCUGGCUGCUACGCGCCCUACUGGGUCGAUCAGUUACCGGAUGGGAGCCGAGAAAGUCUCAACAAGGUCGCCAAGUCGAUCUGCGAUUCGUCUAAGUCGCGCCUUGGAUUCGACGUCGCUGUGUUUUUGUUUUGCCGAGACCGUUCUAAUCCCUCGCAGGCCAAGACGCUUUUCGUCGCUCACGUGCCCGAGGGUUUCGUCGUGCGGCACUCGUUGAUUGCGAGGGACUGGGUCGAGUCCGUAUCGCUGCUGCUUGGCGGAAAGUCCGGUGGGAAGGACCAAGUUGCUCAGGGGGUCUCUCCUUGCGCGGCGGACCUGCAGCCCGCCCUCGACGCGGCAGCCGAGUACGCGAGGGCUCGUCUGGCUUAAUAAAUUUGAGGUCGCUUUAGAAGUAGCUCGAGUGGGGAUCGAGGCACUUGUUGGACACGAUGGAGAGCAGCAUGUGCCUUCUGAUUUUGGGCAUAUCUGCUUGUGAGAAAUUGAAGGGCGCGUUUCUGGAUAUGCAGUCCAUGUACAUGCAUACGAAUACGCCGCAGUCGCUUCCGUUCUGUUGAUACGGAAUUUUCGGGAUGUAGUCUUUCCACUUUUCCGGUUCCGGUCGGGGCGACGCGGAUUUUUUGUCCUUCCACUCGGAGAGGAUGUACUCGCGCAGGAGGCGGGUGCACUGCGCGUUGCCCCCGCCGAGCGGGUCGUAGUACUCGAUUCGGUUGAGGCAGAAGUUGAUGACAGCGAGGCACCAGUGGUUGGCCAGAUGGAUGGGGAUGAUGACUUUGUCGAAGGAGAAGAUGUCCGUUCUCCUGGUCCACCUCCGGACCAUUUGGUACCCGUCGUCCUUGGACAGGAACAUAUAGAAAAAGGAGUUGAAAUAAUGGCACUUCGGCCAUCGAAUGAUCGCGGCUCGUCGCUGUUCCUCGUAGAGUUUUUGGCGUUCCGUGAGCAUGGCUAUCCAGAAGUUGAUCAGUUCGUCGUUGAGCCACCGGUGGUCUAGGAGCCUCUUCACGUCCUUGACCAACAGUUCCAGGUUCAGUCGGCUGACGAAGACGGUGGUGUCGCGAAGUUGCGUCAGCCUUGCCACGGUUUUCUGAUAGGCGUCUUCGUUAGGCGGGGUGACCUUUCUUUCGAACGUUUCUUGUUGGGCGACCUUCGUGGGUUUCUUCGGGGUGCACUUCUCGUACUUCCUCAUAAAGUCGAACUGGUUGACGGUGAGGUACGCGAAUUUGCGGCCGCCGUCCGCGGUGGGUCUCUUUUGCGGGGUGCGGGCUUC